ACUAUCAAGCCUCCAUGGAUAAAUUGGCCUCAUUUCACAACCUUAACCCACUUUUCCUACAAAACCCACACGUCUCUAAGCCACCCAGAAGCUACACACUCAAUUUUCUCUGUGUUAGAGUCAGAGGCACCACUUAUGAGACCCCUCUUUCUUUUUCCUCUCCUCCAUCUCCACUGGCUAAUCUUCACUUUUUGGAUGAAGUGGGAAAGCUCAAAACUCUAAGUUCAGUGAAAGUAUUACAUGCCCAGAUGAUAAAAAUGUUAAAAAAGGAGAAUUUGGACACUGAGGUAAAAAGCUUGAUCACCUCUUACUUGGAAUUCGGUGAUUUCAAGUCCGCAACCAUGGUAUUUUUAAUGGGUUGUCCACGAAAUUAUCUUAUGUGGAGGUCUUUCUUAGAGGAGCUUAGGAGCUUUGGGGGUAGUCCGGUUGAAAUUCUUCAGGCUUUUAGUGAGUUGCACUGUGAGGGUGUUACCUUUGAUAGUGAAGUUCUUACUAUAAUUUUGAAGCUUUGCGCAUGUUUGAAGGAUUCAUGGCUUGGUAUGGCAAUGCAUUGUUUUUUGAUCAAAAGUGGUUUUGAUGCGGAUGUGUAUUUGAAGUCUGCAUUAAUCAGUUUCUAUGGGACGUGUUGGGGCAUUGAAAGUGCCAAGCAAGUGUUUUGCGAAAUGUCUGAUCGAGAAGGAAUCUUAUGGAAUGAGAUGAUCUUGCUGAAUUUGAAGAACGAGAGAUGGUUAAAGGCUUUAAAACUAUUUAGGGGUAUGCAAUUUUCAUUUCUAAAAACAAAUAGUAGUACAACUUUAAAAGUACUACGUGCUUGUGGAAAGAUUGGAGCUCUCGAGGAAGGAAAGCAGAUUCAUGGUUACAUUUUACGGCGGGCAUUAGAAUCUAAUUUAUCAAUGUGUGAUUCGCUGAUUACCAUGUACUCCAGAAAUAACAGAAUUAAACUAGCAAGAACUGUCUUUGAUUCGAUGAAAGAUUAUACUUUAUCUUCAUGGAACUCAAUCAUCUCCUCCUACGCUUCAUAUGGUUGUUUUAGUGAUGCUUGGCAUCUUCUAAACGAAAUGGAAAGGUACAAUAUGAAGCCAGACAUCGUGACUUGGAAUUGUCUUUUGUCAGGUCACUCUCUUCAUGGCUCAUACGAAGUAGUUUUCACCAUCUUGCGGAGAAUGCAAAGUGUGGGUUUCAAGCCAAAUUCAAGCUCCAUCACUAGUGUUCUUCAAUCAGUUAUUGAAUCGGGUUCCUUGAAAUUUGGGAAAGAAAUCCAUGGAUUUGUGAUCAGAAAUGGACUUCACAAUGAUGUAUAUGUAGGAACUUCUUUGCUGGACAUGUAUAUUAAGAGUGAUAGCUUAAGUCGUGCUCAGGCCGUUUUUAGUGCUAUGAAGAAGAGAACCAUAUUUUCUUGGAAUGCAAUGAAUACAGGGUAUUCUUACAAGGGUCUUUUUGAAGAGGCUGAAGGACUCUUGAAUUGCAUGGUUCAGGAAGGAGUCAAACCCGACCUGGUAACAUGGAAUGGUCUUUGUUCAGGAUAUUCAUUAUGGGGCCGCAAAAAGGAAGCUAGAGCUGUAAUAGAUCGGAUCAAGAGUUCAGGAUUAACACCAAAUGUGGUUUCAUGGACUGCUCUGAUAUCAGGUUGUUCACAAAAUGACAACCAUACGGAUGCUCUAAAAUAUUUUAUUGAAAUGAAAGAGGAAGGUAUCAAGCCUAAUUCAGCUACCAUAUCCAUCUUACUUCGAGUUUGUGCAGGCCUGUCUUUGUUACAUAAGGGUAAAGAGAUACACUCACUCAGCAUACGAACUGACUUUAUAGAAGAUGUGUUUGUAGCCACAGCUCUUAUAGACAUGUACUCUAAGGCAGGUAACUUGGGAAGUGCCCUCCGGGUUUUCAGGAAAAUUCAAAAGAAGACAUUAGCCUCCUGGAAUUGCAUGAUCAUGGGAUUUUCCAUCCACGGUUUUGGUAAAGAGGCCAUUUCUCUCUUUGAUGAAAUGUGCAAUGCAGGUGUCCAGCCUGAUGCUAUAACCUUCACAGCUCUCCUCUCUGGCUGCAAGAAUUCUGGUUUGGUUAAAGAGGGAUGGAAACUUUUUGAUAGUAUGAGCCAAGAUUAUAACAUCGACCCAACGAUUGAGCAUUGCUGUUGCUUGGUAGAUCUUCUUGGAAGAGUUGGCUAUAUUGAUGAAGCUUGGGAUUUUAUCGAAACAAUGCCAAUGACACCAGAUGCUUCCAUUUGGGGAGUUUUUCUUGCAUCUUGCCGAACCCAUGGAAACUUAGAGUUUGCUGAGAUUGCAGCCAAAAAUCUUUUCAAGAUAGAACCCUAUAACUCUGCCAAUUAUGUCUUGAUGAUGAACUUGUAUGCAAUGUCAAACAGAUGGGAAGAUGUGGAGCGUGUUAAAAACUUGAUGAGUAAAAGAGGAGUGAAAAUCAGCCAGGUCUGGAGCUGGAUACAAAUUGAUCACACCAUUCAUAUGUUCUCUGCAGAAGGAAAACCCCAUCCAGACGCUGGGAAAGUAUACUUCGAGCUAUAUCAGUUGGUUUCUGAAAUGAAGAAAUUGGGUUAUGUCCCUGAUAUCAACUGCAUACACCAGAAACUAGAGAAGGAAAAGAAGGAGAAGAUGCUACUGAGUCACACAGAGAAGUUGGCCAUAACUUAUGGACUGAUGAAGACAAAAGGUGGAGCACCUAUAAGAGUUAUUAAGAAUACUCGAGUUUGCAAUGAUUGUCAUGAAGCAGCAAAAUACAUGUCUUUGAUACGAAACCGUGAGAUUUUCCUUAGAGAUGGCCUUCGCUUUCACCAUAUAAAGGAAGGAAAGUGCACCUGCAAUGAUUGCUGGUAGAAGUGCUCCACUAUGCUAAUGGCCUUCUUGUAAAGACUACACUAUGAAGAACUAAAUUGUUGGCUCAAAACACUUUCACAUGAUCCAACACACUAAUCAGAAUAAGCUACAGCUAAUCAACAAAUACUAGUAUGCUAACUCACGCAUCUGGUCCAGUCAACGUGUAUAGCUUCAUCGAAUAUAACACCUUCGUUUGAUUUAUCACAUGGAGAAGGGACUUGGAAAGAUGCAUCUAGUUUAGGAUACAGCUAGAACAAGCUAGAGCCACUAACGUUCAAGGAGAAGGUUCAGACUCAAUUUCUUGAGAUAGAAUAGACAGAAGGGUAUGCAUAUUCCAAUAUUGAGCCAUUCAACUAGAUUUUGGUCCUAUAUCAAGAUUGUACCUGUUGUUUCAUUUUCAUCUUAUCCUUUUGAAUACUUUUAAUAUGUUCGGUUUUUUUCCCAUCGUAGUCAACUUGUUCAAUCCUA